UUAGUCUCGACUUCAGUCUUGUAACAGAGUACAGUGAAAGAUGAAGCUCUUCUGUGUGUUUACUGUUGUGCUUUUAACCCUGACUGAAUGGACGGACUUGAGCGAAGGAGCCGCAGCGCGUAACUGCACAGUUAAGCCAGGAAUCUGUCCUCGCCGGAAAUGGGGUUCAGGAAUGUGUGCUGAAUACUGCGCUAAAGACAGAGACUGUCCCAACGAGGAGAAAUGCUGCCAUAACGGCUGUGGCCAUGAGUGCAUCACCCCUUAUACAGUGAAGCCUGGUCGAUGCCCCAUACCUAAAGGGACCCCGAUGUGUGCAGAGUAUUGCUAUCAUGAUGGUGAGUGUCCCGGAGAUCAGAAGUGCUGCAGGACCUCAUGUGGCCACUCCUGCAGUGAACCCUGCUAAAUUAAAUCUACUACAUGGCUAGACAUAUAGACCAACAAAGAACAACCCUCUUCUAGGAGAUCUACCUUACUAUUUUAAGUGCAGCUUCAGCAUGCCCCAUCCAAAAGAAAAAAAAAUCGAGGGAGUUAAAAAGCCUCUGUAAAAAGCCUUUAAUAUCUGUAGGAAGGUAUUUUCUCAGAAAGUAGGUUACUGACCAUAGGAUUAGAUUUGUACACCUUUGCUCCUAGUUCACUUAAUAAAAUAGGACAAUAAUAUUCAUUCUAAACCUUUGCAGAAACGUAGCAGGUUGGUGAACAUUUAACUAUAUGCAUAUACCAGUUUUAUUCUGAAAGAGACAAGCACCAGUAAAUUCGAUGGAAUAUUUCCCUCCAUUGAUUUUUUUUGUGCGUUUAUGUGUUUGUAAUUUCAUUAUUAAAACACACUGUAUCUUUUGGUAAAGUC